UGACGCAGGAAAAGCAUACCUGAAAUGUGAAAACCAUUUCCUCACGUAGACAAAGCCAAUACAGUGAAGAGCUAAAGAAAUUCCCCAAAGUCUCUAAAAGUCUCCAUCACAAGGUUUCAUGGAUUCUUUAAUGGAUUUCAUGAUCACUGUAUAUCCUAUUGUUCUUCAUGUUACUGGGAUUCAAUUGUUAUGUUCUUUUCAAUUUAUUUGUUUAUUCAGCGCUUCUGUGAUCUGGGGGUUGAGUUGGAACUUGGAAGUGCUUAUCAAGAAUCUAUCAUAACUCCUUUCAGGGUUUUGGUUGGAAUUUUUCGGAUGGAGUCUGAUCAAAAUCUAGGGUUUGGGGAAGUUUCUGAUGUGAGUGGAAGCAAGAGGGUUUCUGAAGGAAGCAGUGGGAAUUCAGAUACUGUGAACAAGAAACCUCGGGUUACCGAGAAGCUUGAUGAUGAUCAGGAGGGUAAGAAGGAAAAAGAACCGGUACUGAAACUGGAGAGUGAUCUUCAUGUCUCGAUCAUGAAGGAGGAGAUUGGUUUUGGAGAAUGUAACCAAAUCGGACUUGAGUUUGAUCUUAAUGGCCCGCCAGUCAGGGAGGUUAUUGACAUCUCGUCCGAUGAUGAGAAGGUGGAUGAAAUGUUAGGCAAAGAAUCUACUAUAGAUCUUGAUCUUCGGCUGGGAAUAAAUGAUGGCAAUGGUGGUAGUUCGGAGAGGAGAUCAUACUCGAGAGAAGAAAAAGGAAAGGCAAAAGUUGAUGACCUGUUAUCAUUGUCUCUUCCAAGUGAAAUUCCACAAGGGGAUGUGAACCCCAAUAUGGAAUUGAAUUAUAUUCCAUUCAGAUUACUGGCUGCAGUAACUUGGCAAUAUCAUGCAGAAAAACUAAAAAGGGAAAGAGCAUUAAGAAUAAAAAGAGUUCGUAAUUAUGAACUACAGUUCAGUCGUAAAGAUGAUUCUUGGAAUAUCAAGUUAGAAAACUUAACUGGCUCAUUUUCUGCUGAACUUAAGGCUAUUAUCGAUCGAAACACUACACAAAGAGCUGAACAGUUGAUUGAAUGGAGUGCUCAUAGUUCCCAUUAUCGGCCUAGGCCUGCCCCUUCAUUGCUGGAUCUUUCCUUAAAUGUUCUUGCCAAGAAUCCUGAUGCAGUUUCUUCAUUUGAGGAUGUCCCUGAUUGGUUAAAGCGAAGGAUCGUCAACUUGCUCUGUGAUGUGCAUACAAUGGAUAUUCGUAUAUUGGAGUUGCUUUUCGAAGGUUCUCCUACUGAGAUACGUGUCAAGAAUUGUUCGUGGAUGACAGAAAAACAACUUGUUGAUAUGCUUAAAAAAUCUGAUUUGCAAAACCUGAGAGUGCUUCAACUUGACUCUUGUGGGCAAUGCUCAUUUGAUGACAUCAUUUGUAAUUCCUUGGCUUUACCUCCAAACAGCUUGGCUUGUUUAGGGAUCUUGUCCCUAAGGGCUGCAGCUCGUUUAUCUGACAACACUCUAAGGCGUCUUCUUGUGUCAGCACCCUUGCUUCAGUCUAUUAAUUUAGGCCAGUGCUCACUCCUCACCUGCGAUGGCAUUAAAAUUUUAGCUGAUUCUUUGAAAACAAAUUUGAAGGAGCUAUAUAUAGAUCAAUGCCCAAGAAUAGAUGCCAUGCACUCUUUAUCAUCAAUGAUGCAGUUUGAACAUUUGGAAGUUAUUUCAGUGGCAGAAAUUCCAACUGUCAGUGAUAAAUUUGUUAUGUGCAUCACUAGAGCAUGUGGUAGAACACUAAAGGAGCUUAAUCUGGCCGGUUGCGUGAUGUUAACAGAUGGGAGUUUGCAAGCUAUUGGACAUUUUUGUUCCGAUUUAUGUUCACUCAACAUUUCAAAUCUAAAUUAUGUGACAGAUUUGGGUCUGUGUUAUCUAGCUGAUGGUUGUAGGUCACUUGAAUCACUCAAUAUUGCUCGUGCGGGUUUCAGUGAUGUAGUUGUUGCUGCUUUUCUGGAAACUUCUGGAGGGUCCUUGAAAGAACUUUCAUUAAAUCAUGUCCGCAAGGUUAGCUUCAACUCUGCUUUUGCCCUUGCCAAAUUCUCAAGGAAAUUGGUAAGUUUGGAUCUAUCAUGGUGCCGCCAAGUUACAGAUGAAGCACUUGGGUUUAUUACUGAUAACUGCUCAUCACUAAAGCUGUUGAAAAUCUUUGGAUGUACCCAGAUCACAGACACUUUUGUACUCGGCCGUGCAAACUCACAGGUGCACGUUGUUGGACGGGACUCGGUUUCAGUGUUGGACCAUGUCAAGAUGUUUGAGCCUGUGGAAGUUCUGCUACAUUAUUCCCCUCUGGAGACUCCUGCUGCACUUGCCCAUAACGAUGGCAUGUAACUUUACCUUUUCCCCUUCUAUUAUUUCAACUUAAAAAAUAAAACCAAAGACGAAAUUGAUACAAGUUAAGUUAGUUUAUAUGUAACUUCAGGAGUUGCAUACAAUUAUGUUAUAUUUUUCUAGCAUAAGAAGACGUUGAAAAUUCUAAACUUUACCAUCAACAUAGAUACAUUCAUGCAUCAGAUUUUCUCUCUUUUUUUCUCAUGAUUUGAAGGCUAAAAAGCUCUACACUUUAAGACGAGGGUAAGAACUAUUAGAA